AUGAAUUCGCCAAAAGUUAAUGAAAAACCAUCGAGAAAUCAUCAAAGCGGGAAAAGAUCAGGAAAAAUUUUAUCACCUUCCGGAAGUCAAGAAUUUAUCGAUGUCGAAGAAUCAACGACGGCUCAAAUAUUAGAAAGGGUCAAAAGUGAUAGGGUGGCAACUACGAAACAAGAUGAAGACAGAAGACGUAGAACAAUCAUCGUCGAAAAAAAAAAUGGAACUUAUGGAUUUACCCUACAGAGUUACGGCAUCCAUUAUAAAAAAGAACAAGAAAUCGAAAUGAUAACAUAUGUCGAUUACGUUGAAUAUGACGGGCCAGCUUACAAAGCCGGAAUGAGAGAAGGAGAUGUUAUACUAUCGAUAAACGGUCACGACAUGGAAAAAGCAGAUCACAAAGCUUUGGUUAAUUUUAUUAAAAAUUGCGACACGAGAAUGAGAAUGGUCGUACUGUUCGAAGAUUGCGUGAGAAAAGUCGAAUUGCACAUAAGGUACAUACAAUUGCAAAGAAUACUACAAAGCAAAACGGCCGAACUGGAUAGGUUGUGCUUGAAGGAAAGGGAAGUGUUGCAAGGAAAGUGGAAAUCUCACAGUUUACCCGCGAGGAAAAAGGGAAAUUCGAAUAAUUCAUCGGACGAUUUGAUAGAUUCGUCGCAGGAAGACGGUUUUCAUUGCAGGCCGACAGUAUCGACGGAAAACGUUGCUCAGGUACCGAGACAAUCACAAUUGUUGUUAGCUUAUCAAUGCUUGGACCCGAGGUAUCAGUGCGUCAUUAGAUCGGACAAUUCGAACGAGAUUUUCGUCGGUUGGACCCGAGAUUCACCGGAAUCGAGGCCGAUAUUGGUUAAAACGAAUUGCGAUUUCAAACAAAAACGUUGUCCCGUCGACGGUUAUCAUCAAACGAACGGCGCGAUAUCGGCAAACAUGAUUAAAACAUCGAGUGGUGGUAGAAACGCUAACAAAACGAAACAUUAUCAACAUCACACGAGGCAUUUGUGCAAUCCAUGCUUGCAAGCGGUCAACAAUCAAGAUAAUACGAGCCUUGAAGCUUACGAUUUAGCGAGUCCUUGUUGCGAUCCUCACUGCGUACCUUCUGCUAGGAGAAAAUCUAAACAAAAACAACAUAACAAACGCGGGCAUCACAAUAACAGAAGUCACGAACGUGAUUCGAGUAAAGAAAACGUCAAAUGCGGUUCGUUUAGAGAAAAAAGCGGGGAAAAUGGCGAGGGAAUCACGAAAUCGAAUUCGAAUCGUUCUCAUAAAUAUUUUAGUUUCGGUAGCAGUUUGGUUAGUCAAUGCAGUCUUCAUUCAUGCACGUCAAGCGAUGCUAGUCACGGAGUGGGUGAAAGCAGUGGAAUAUCUUAUUCGACUUCAUUAAGUUCCGACACUCUUUAUUGGGAUGGAAACGAUAAAAAAUCGCAAAACAAUUCGUAUUCCUAUUCUAAAGUUUCCAAUUGUAAAACUCAACCAACUUGCGACAGUUAUCAAAAUUUUCAACCUGUCAAACCAAAAUCGUGGGACAAUUUGACGACAAAAGCAUUCGGCGGAUAUGGAUUCGGGUACGGAUACGUUGACACGAGUUCGACAAAUAAAAAUCAUUCGACAUCUUCGUAUAAUACCUCGAGUAACACCAUGCCGGCAAAAUUGAAAAUUCAAUCCGGUAAAAAUACGGGAAUGAUUAAUUUAAAUCAGAUAAAUUUCAAAAGCAAAACCGGAGGAAGAGUACACAGCAUACAAAUAUAUCAUAACGGACACGGACAUUGCGAUCUUCCGACAAAAUCAACGGAAAAUCUUUUGCUGUUACAACAAAAACAAAAUUCCAUCAUGUCGAACGCGAGUAGAAGUUGCGAAUGUUUGGAAAUAAAUUCAAUUUCGGAUUCGAAUAAUUCUGUAAAAAGAUUUUUUCCAAAUCAUAAUAAUGGCGACAUCAUUUGUUGUCACCAUUACGGUAAAUGUCAACAAUCGAAUUUAAAACAGAGACGUUCGAGUGAAAAACAAUGUGGCAGCGGUGGCGGUGGCAGUUGCGGUGGUGGUAACGUAUCGAGACUUUGA